CGCUGUCUUUGCUUAUCCUCUGAGAAAUUCUCAGUCCUCUCCUUCACAUUUUGCUGCACUGCGAAGAAGCCCAAUGGCGACGUCGGCCUCGAUGACCGCCGCCCUCAGCCUCGUCGGCUCUUUGAGGGGCCUCUCCCUGUCCUCGUCCUCGAGCUCCUCCUUCCUCAGGGGCGACCUCGCCGUCUCAGCCGCCCCACCUCCGAAGCUCUCCAUCUCCCACCCCUCCAAGUUCCCCUUCACCAUCGAGUCCGCCCACAAGAAGGGGGCCGGCAGCACCAAGAACGGCCGCGACUCCCGCGGUCAGAGGCUCGGCGUCAAGAUCUUCGGCGACCAGGUCGCCAAGCCCGGGGCCAUCAUCGUCCGGCAACGCGGCACCAAGUUCCAUCCUGGAAAGAACGUUGGGCUCGGGAAGGACCACACAAUUUUCUCCCUGAUCGAUGGAUUAGUCAAGUUCGAGAAGUUCGGGCCUGACAGGAAGAAGAUUAGUGUAUACCCACGAGAAGUUCAGCCUGAAAACCCGAACAGCUACAGGGCACGGAAGAGGGAGUACUUCAGGCUACAGCGUGAACGCAAGAAGGCAAAGAAGGAAGGCAUUACUCUGCAGCCCCAGCUAGUACUGGCUUCAGCUGACGAUGCUGCUGCUGACCCUCAGACGACUACUAAUUGCUGAUUGUACUUGUCUUAGUUCAUUCUUUUCUCUGUAUGAUUAGAUGAAUCAUGUAGGCUUCUACCAGUUGCCUUCCUUUGACAGUUAAAAUUAUUGUCGAUAUCUUUGGAAUUGGAAAAUUGCAUCCCUCUAACGUGUAUGAAUCCAUACUUGUUUUUACUAAA